CAAAAAUAGCUCGGCCGUCCAGAAUUGGGGCCAUUCCUCCAAUUUGUGUCUGGGAGCCCAAGAAUGUGGCGCAGCAAAAUGCUCAUUUUAUGCUGCAUAUGGACGGCAUUUUUGGUGUCCAGCAGUCAGCAGCAACAAAUCAACAUUGGUGCUUUCUUCUACGACGACGAAAUGGAACUGGAAAAGGAAUUCAUGGCUGUGGUAAAUUCCUUAAACGGUCUAGAGAUGGACCAAACCUUCACACUGAAUCCUUUGAUAAAGAGACUCAAACCCGAAGAUAAUAGUGUGUCCAUGCAGGAGCAGGCUUGUGAUCUUAUAGAUAAUGGUGUGGCAGCUAUUUUUGGACCAAGUUCAAAGGCGGCAAGCGAUAUUGUGGCCUUGGUGUGCAAUAGCACUGGAAUACCGCAUAUUGAAUUCGAUGUGUCCGAUGAAGAGCAUGUGGAAGAGAAACCGAAUCAUGAAAUGACCAUAAAUCUAUAUCCCUCACAGGUGAUACUGUCCAAGGCCUAUGCAGAUAUAGUCCAAAACUAUGGUUGGCGUAAAUUCACCAUUGUAUACGAUGCCGACGAUGUUAAAGCCCAAGCGCGUCUGCAAGAUCUGUUGCAAUUACGUGAGGUACACAAUGAUGUGGUUCGAGUGAGAAAGUUCAGCAGAGGAGACGACUAUCGGGUAAUGUGGAAGAGUAUUCGAGGUGAGAGGCGUGUGGUGUUGGAUUGUGCCCCCGAUAUGGUAGUCGAACUUCUGAAUUCAUCUACAGAAUUUGGUCUAACAGGACAGUUUAAUCAUAUUUUUCUUACCAAUUUGGAUACGUACACUGACAAUUUAGAGGAACUGUCCGCCGACAAUGAAACAUUUGCUGUGAAUAUAACUGCCGCCCGGUUAUUGCUUACAACGGAGUCGCAGCCAAUGUACUUGCAAAAGUAUGGUUCGGUCAUCCAGCGAGACAAUAUUGUCUCUGAGGAGAACAAUGAGCCCUUUCGAACUCUACUCCAUGACCUUCUGGCCGAUGGAGUACAACUGUUUUCUUAUGCCUGGCGUAAUGCCAGCUAUUUUUAUCCAGAUCGGAUGCAAGUUCCGCGCAUGAAUUGUGAGUUUGCAGCCUCCGGUGGACGUCCUUGGCAAAUGGGACGCUAUUUGAUGCGCCUGAUGAAAGGGACUUCCGGUGUGAAUAGCGCGACUUUUCGCACCAGUAAUAUGCAAUUUGAUGAGGAUGGACAGCGCAUCAAUUUUAAUAUCGAGAUUUAUGAUCCUUUGGAUGGCAUAGGUAUUGCUAUAUGGGACACCAAGGGUCAGAUAAACCAACUAAAUGUCGAUACCAAGGUGCAAAAGAAAAUUGUCUAUCGCGUGGCCACUCGCAUUGGUCCUCCGUAUUUCACAGAAAAUACAACAGCCAUCGAAUUGAAUAUGACGGGAAAUGCCAUUUAUAUGGGCUAUGCGGUCGAUCUGAUCGAAGCCAUUGCCAAGGAGGUGAAUUUCGAAUAUGUCUUUGUUCCUGUGGCGGAUCAGCAAUAUGGCAAACAGGAUAAGGACACCAAACAGUGGAACGGCAUCAUUGGAGAGAUUAUCAAUAAUGAUGCUCAUAUGGGCAUUUGCGAUUUAACCAUCACCCAGGCUCGACGCACAGCAGUUGACUUUACUGUACCCUUCAUGCAAUUGGGCGUCAGCAUUUUGGCCUACAAGAGUCCGCAUAAAGAGAAAUCGGUGUAUGCCUAUUUGGAACCCUUUGGCGGUGAGGUAUGGAUCUGGAUAUUGAUAUCGGUGUUCGUAAUGUCAUUCCUCAAGGUGAUUAUUGCCCGAAUUGCCAAAACAGAAUGGGAGAAUCCCCAUCCAUGUGAUCGGGAUCCCGAGGUUCUUGAGAAUAAUUGGCAUUUGCAUAACACUUUCUGGUUGACCAUUGCCUCCAUAAUGACAGCCGGUUGUGAUAUUUUACCACGUAGUCCUCAGGUGCGCAUGUUUGAGGCCACCUGGUGGAUAUUUGCCAUUAUUAUAGCCAAUUCGUACACAGCCAAUUUGGCCGCCUUUCUCACCAAUUCCAAUAUGAAAGGCAGCAUAGGAAGUCUCAAGGAUUUGAGUGGCCAGAAAGCAAUUAAAUUUGGAACGAUCUUGGGUGGCAGCACCUAUAACCUGCUGGCCGAUUCAAAUGAGACGGUCUAUCGUUUGGCAUUCAAUCUAAUGAAGCAAGAUGAUAACUACCCCUACACCAAGGGCAACCCUGAGGGAGUCGAGCGAGUGCGAAAGAAUCGCGGCGACUAUAUGUUUCUAAUGGAGACGACUACACUGGAGUAUUAUGAACAACAGCAUUGUGAUUUGCGAUCUGUGGGCGAGAAAUUCGGCGAGAAACAUUAUGCCAUAGCCGUGCCAUUUGGGGCCGAGUAUCGCUCGAACUUAAGCGUUGCCAUCCUACGAUUGAGUGAACGCGGCGAGUUGUAUAAAAUGAAGCAGAGGUGGUGGAUAAAUCCGGAUAGAUCGUGUUUCGAGGAACCCGAUGCAAGUGAGACUCAGGACAUGACAUUUGAGGAGUUGAGAGGAAUAUUCUACACCCUCUAUGUGGGCAUUUUCAUAGCAUAUGUAAUUGGCAUCACGGAGUUUAUGGUCUAUGUGCAGCAAGUGGCUCUAGAGGAACGGCUCACCAUUAAGAUGGCUUUCAUUAAGGAGAUUAAGUUCGUGCUCUGCGUGUGGAAUAACAAGAAACCUAUUAUAGCAGGCACCCCGGUGGCCAGUGUGCGCUCCGGAGAGAAGUCAUUGGACUGCACACCCAAGUCUGGUCGACGCAUUGUCCUAGGACGUUCCGCAGAGGAAAUGCGCGAAUUGACGCCAAUGGAAAGCAAAAACUCUGUGGAUGGGGUAGAGCCCCAGGAAGAGGUGGAGGAUUGGGCGGCGGUGAUUGAAGCCCGUCUCUGAACUUUCUUAUAGUUUCCCUUCG